GGCUCGUCGGUGGGGCUGCCCCCUUCAGCGGGAGUUUGGCAUCACCAUGCGCCAGCGCUCACCGUUUUGCAUUGGCGGAAGGCAUGGAGCGCCAGGGCGCAUUUUUGCGCUGCUCUCUCAGCUCGAAAUCCCACAGCCCGAAAGUCUUGCGGUCCGAUUUGACCUAGACAUGUAGGAAUACGUCUUCCUACGCUGAAAUCUUGUACGUCGGCGAAUCCCUUGCCUGCACUUUCAGCCCACACAUCCAGAGCUUGUCGACGAGGCGCUUUUUGCACGGCUCAAACUCACCGCGCAGACAACCUCUGACAUACGCAGCUUGCCCAGCGGCGCAGCGUUGAUAGUCCUCGCAGAUCCCGACGCUUACAGCUCCUCAAACGCCCGUCGACGCGAGCAGCAAGGCGAAACCAGACAGUCGGACACUGCAAGACCAACGCGCCGACGAAGGAUGGAGACCCGCCAGCCCCCGCGCAAGAAGAACCGCAGCUCCCGCCCCCAGCCCGCGCCCGGCAAGGCCCGCAUCGCCAUGCUCGAGACCUAUAAAGCGGUCGCGGCGUCGUGGCCCCCGGACAUGAACCGACUCCUGUCAUCGACGCUAGAUGCCGAGCGGCGCGCCGAGCUCUGGGAGCUCAUGGCGGAAUCUGGCGAUCGACUGAGGAGGGAGUACGCCUGGGCGCUGCCGGAUGAGCGGGCUUUGCGGGUGCUGGAAGCGUACGCGCCGCUCGUGGAAGUCGGCGCGGGCAAGGGCUACUGGGCGUCGCUGUUGCACGCGCGAGGCGUCGACGUCGUGGCGUUUGAUGCGAAGCCUCCUCCCAAAUGUUAUUUCGACGUCAAGGUCGGAGGGCCAGAAGUGUGCGAACAUCUGUCGGAUCGGAGUUUGUUCCUCUGCUACCCCGACGACGCGUGCCGAGCGGACCUCGAUGAUAAGGAGGACUCAUCAAAGAGUGACUCAGAAGAAGAUCCAGGAUCAUUAGCUCUGGCAUGCUUACGCGCGUACGAGGGAGAAGCAAUUAUUGUCGUGGGCGAGUCCGUCUGCUCCGGAGGGACUUUGUCGUUAGCCCAGGCGCCCUGGGGCCGGUCCUGCGACUCGCUGUUUCAAGUGGAAUUAGCCCAAUCUUUCCAUCCGGUGUUAGUUGCUGCGUUACCGAGGUGGCCUUUAUCUAGAGACUGCAUCGUCGUGUGGUUGAGAACUAGAGUGUGCCCCGUCGUCUUCGAGAAGGAAAGUGAUGACGAUAGUGAAACGGACGCGAUGCUCUGGGGGGACAUUCCGGAGUCCGAGGUCCUGGCGGCCGACUGCGCGGCGCCGUGCGCGCGCCAUUUGCUCGUCAAGCCGCCGACGUACGCCUGACUGCUUCUUUUUCCCGCCUAAGUGCGUUUACUUACGA